AUGGCGGUCGAGGGCGCGACGCAGGCCCUCGUCGCUGCUUUUUUCUUCGGCCUCGUCCUCAACGCCUCCUCAACCACCACCCUCCUCUCCAUCGCCAAAACCGGCAAUGGCCUCGCCACCCUCUUCCGAGACAGCCAGAGGCUGGUCCUCACCCUCUUCCUCACCAGCUCCGCCCUCUGGGCCCUCCUCGCCUUCAUCUCUGUCCUCCUCGACGUCUCGCCCUCGUCCACCAUGCCCUGCCAGAUCGGCGUCAUCUUUGCUGCUAUCUUUGACCAGUUCGCGCGGUUUGCGUUGGAGCAGUUUUUGCUUUGGGGUUUGAACGGCGGUGGAAAACAAGGCGGUGGGAAACAAGGAGUGGUUGGGCAGAUGGUGGGACAGGGGUUGGUGCUGGUGCGGUUUGUGGCUGGCGCGGUGUUUGUGGGGUUUGUGAGGCCGCAGGUGGACGGGUUUUGUGUGGCCACGACGUCGGCGCUGCCGGUGGGGGUUUUGGUUACGGCGUUGGAUGGGGUGGUGAUUUUGGUGCUUGUUGGGAGGGCGUAUUCCGUUGGAGGGGCUGCUAAGGGGGAUGCGAACCCGGAUCGGGGGAGGGCGUUGAUGGGGGUAUUGUUGGGGUUGACUUUUUGGACGGGGAUGAGUGUCCCGAUGUUUCUGGGGUUUACCUCGCUGGCGUUGGCUACCAAGACGGUUCUCCCGGCGGCUGGACUGUUGGCCGUCCUCAUCAUUGUAACCACCAACGCCGGUUCGUUACUCACCCCCCGAGCACGCGGCCCCGAGUCUUUCUCCCCCCGACGCCCCAACAUCAGCCGCGACAUCUCGACGUCCGACACCGACUACCCCCCCACGCGGUUCGAAGACCUCAAGGAUGCCGCUCUCCGGUCGUCCCGGACCUUUGUCAACCCCCGCGAGGCACCGGCCGUUAAAGACGAGACCAGCAUCGGCGGGCCCUUUGGCAUGGAAACUGAACCGGUCCCGCCGCUCCCUGCGAAUAUCUCGAGCGUCACAGUCCCCGCGGGCCCGGGAAGAGCCCGGCUGGCCAUCGGCCCCCCUAUUCUCCAGCAAUCGACGGGCCAGAACCCCUGGAACAAGAUUGCCGUCAUGGGCCUCAAGGAAGCGGCCGCAGCUGAUCGGGAGCGAAGAGCGCGGAUGGCGGCUGAGAGCGAGGUAGCGGCAGCCACAACGAGGAAGUCUACCGACCGGGUCCGGAGUAUGGCCCCCGAAGAGGCUAUCAAACGGGCUGUCAGUCUCAAGCGCAAGGAGGUUGCGUCGGUGUCGACGCAGGACGCGCUGUACCCGGGCAUGCUGUCGGUGGAUGAUGUGUCUGUGGCUAUGACGACUGGUGUGCGGUUAUCUCCGGGUGUGGACGAUGGUACUCGGAGGAGAUCGCCACGGCCAUCUUUACAGGAAGACGAGACCUCACCAUCACCGGCACGACCGCAGAAAGCAUCCCCCGUACAAACAACCCCCCCCAUCCAACAAUCCAUCCAACAACCCCGUCAAGGAUCCCCCGAAAGGACCGCCGACAACCGCCCCCUCCUAAUCAACAACAUCCGCCCCUCACGCACCCUCCCCCCUUCCCCCCCCCCCCCCCCCCCCCGAACCCCCCAAACCCCCCCCCCCCCCCCCCCAGAACCAACCAAAACCCCCCUCCAGCGCCGCCCAACCAACGGCUUGCCAUCCAACCCACGUGCCCGGGGCCUGAAAGUAACCACCGACGACGGCAACGACCCGGCCGGACCACACCGUACUAUCCUGUUUGUGAAUAAUAUCGAGUAUGACGACCCUGUUGCUGUGGAGGCGAUUGUUAAAACAGCGGGCAUAGCACCGAAGAAGCAGCAGCAGAAACAAAUUCAGCAUGCCACGGAGCCGCCGGUGUCUUCUUCGUCCUCUGUAGUCAACAGACCGCGUCCUAUUCCCCGGAGGCCGGGGUCUUCCCAGGGAAGCCCCGCGUUAAACGACGGCCAGAACUAUGCUCAUCACAGACGGAGUAAAUCCAGCGGGUCGCUCCUCAUCAACAGUGACCGAAAAUCAGCUUUGCUGUCCUCGACGUCGGGGAGUCCGACGGGUUUGCCGCCUUUGCCUGGGUUGCCGAGGAGUGCGACGGUUGGUGCGCGGCCGAGGUCAAGGUCGAGAGCGGGCAGUAUGCAAUCUAGAUCACGGUCUCGGGCUAGUUCACAGGGGGGUGAGGAGGGGACACCAGAAGGGUUCAUGUUCCCCGCUCCGCCGGGGAAUGGAUCAUCAUCAUCCACUAACAACGGGAAUGGGAAUGGGGGGAUGAUGCUUGUGUCGGUGUCGAUGAGGAGACGGUCGUCGUCGGUGCCGGAGGUGCCGCGGAUUCCGGCGUCGUAUUUGGAGAGGGGGUUGGAUACGUCGCUUGGUGGGAGUGAGGAGAAGAGGGAGACAGUUGGGACCGUUGGGACCGUUGGGACCGUUGGAACGACCAGGACAGAGAGUGUGGUGGUUUCCGAGGUGGAUGAGAUUUGGCCGAGGAAGACUGUACGAUCGCCGGUGGGGGAUGAGGAUGAGGAUGAAGAUGGAAGGGCAUGGGACGAUAACUCAACGAAACAACCGUAUGCCAGCAGCCGUCCCCGCAACCGCGGCUCAUCCCCCAUCAUCCCCGACGCCCACCCUCGCGUGUCAGCCUGGACAGAAACCACCUACGACCGGUCCGAAGACGACGCAACCAACUGGAGCUCCGUCAACUCGCCCGAUAUCGAAGCCGAAGCCGAAGCCGAAGCCGAAGCCGAAGCCGAGGCCGAGAUAGCCGUCGGCGUCUCAGUUCCCAUCCAGCACACACAAACCCUAGGUCUCCCAACAUCAGUCCGUAUGCCCGUCCCCGGUUCCCGCAAAGAAGACAUCCGCGGCUCCGAGCUCUCCUUCGCCCAAGGCAGCAACCGCGAGACGCUCCCCUUCAUGCUCGACACAGCCGGGAUCCCCGCAUCCGACCUCCAAGUCUCCGGUCUCCAAACCAACAAUCUAUCCACCACACCCAUCAUGCCCCCUUCAACAACCCCUUCCCUCACCUCCCAAUCCCCACCUCAACCCCCAUCCACCUGGCACCGCCGCGUAGGCGACGCCUGCCCAACUUUCUCCGCCCGCCGCGCUUCAAACACCAAAUCCCGCAAACUCCCACCUCCUCCCAUCCCCCUCUCCCUACACAACAACAACAACAACACCACAUCUCGCAAACCGGCUGUCCCUGUUGUACACACACCACCGGAACUAUUCCCGCUGGAAUCACCCAGCCAAGCAAUCCGGCAAAUCCAAGCACAGCUUAGGAAGCUGGAUGAAGAUGAGAUGGUGGUGGCCACGCCGGAUAGCGCGUCAAGACGGAUUGCGUUGCUGGCGGAUUUGGAGAGGGAGAUGGGUGAGCAGAAGGAGCAGUGGGAGGGGAUUCGACAUGAUAUGGGACGGGAUUCGGUUUCGAGUGUGCGGACUGAUACUACUACUACUACCUCCACAGUUACUGGCAUGGGCGCAGGUGCGGGUGGUGAUUCCCGUCGGGCGUCGGUGAUGAGUGUGGGGAGUGUGGCGAGCACAGCGCGGAAUUCAUACUACUCGAACUCCAACCGGAAUUCGUACGUGAACUCCAACUCAACCCGAAACUCAAUCUCGAUCUCGCGAAGGAGUAUCGGUAUCGGUCCAGGUCCAGAACGACGGACGUCACGGGAUAUGGCCGUGCCUGUGCCAGUGUCAGUGCCUGUGUCGGUGCCGGUGCGGCAGGAUAGUAAGAGGGUGAAGAAGGACGGCCCGGUGCCGAUGAGCAAGUGGCAGAAGCGGUUGACGGAGGCGCAGAUGGAGUAUAUGCAGCUCAGGGCGAGCAGUUAUGUGGGAGUGGGAAUGGGAUUGGGGGGGUUGCUGUUGGCUAGGGGGCAGUUGGGGAGUGGGAUGCCGAUGGGGGGUGAUGAGGAUGUCUCUGGGGAUGUCUCGAAGGAUUCCACUGACGGGAGGGAGAAUGCCGUUGAGAAUGCCACCGCGAGAAACGAGAAGGAGAUGGGCUCUGGCAUCGACGACCGGGCUGAAGUCUACAACCCGCGGUCUGUUACUCUCUGGACACCAUCACACAGAGUCACAGCUGCACCGUCUCCGUCACUCUGGGCUCAUACCCCUAAGCACACUCGGCAGUAUAUCCCUGAGUAUACCCCUGAAGACGACCUACCCGGCCUCUCCGUUCGCCCAGCCAAGAGAACAACCCAAACCCCCCUCGUGAUCUCCUCCACAACUCUUUGGCGCAAACCCCACAACUCCCUCCACCGCAGCAGCAGCAGCAACGCCUCCCAUCUCUGGAGGCCACGCUGGGCAUCCGCUGCACCGCCUGCUCAGCCCUUCGUCCGCACCACCGUCACCUCAACACCCCCCUCAGCUCCACUCUCCACGGCUUCCCCAAACCCAAACCUAAACUUGACCACCUCAAACCCAGUCGGCCUACCCCCCCAACCCAAACCCCGCGCCCCCCUAACCCACCGUCCUACCCGCCGCAGCAGCACCAGACGCCUAACAACCAUCACCGCCACCCUGCUGCCCGAUAUCCUCGAGAGCCCGGAGCCGCUGCCCGAUAAGCGAGGGACGCUAGGGAUCUUUCAGUUUCCGUGGGGCGAGAGGUCGGAUACGGCGAGGAGUGUGGGCCUUGGGAUUGGACAGGGUGUGAAUGGGAGGAGUGUGGGGAUGGCUAUGCCGGGGACUAUGACUUCUGGUGUGAGGGGUCAGUCUCUACCUAGUCAGUCUGGUCAGUCUCAGUCCCAGCCUCAGACUGGAGGGUCUCCAGGGGGGGAGUAUUCGUCGUUUUUCGAUGAUUACGACGACGACGACGACGACGAUGACAACGAAAGUGGUGAAACCGACUCAGACGAGGAAGACGAGGAAGAAGAGAAGGGAGAAGAAGAAGAAGAUAGCGACGACGGAUUCGAUGACUCCACGCUCUGGGAAAUCGCCAGUCUGCUCAAAUCUGACGCUGUGCCUUCGCGGGGGAGUCUGUUCCCUCCUAUACUUGAGCGCGAUAGUGACAGCGGUAGCUACAACGGCAGCGGCAGUGGCAGCGGGGGUAGCUCGGUGGUGGAUGAUUACAUGAAUGAGAUCAUCCCGUCGGAGAGUGAAGAGCGGGAGUCGAUUGUUAUUGGGUUGGGGGAGUUGCAGGAUGGGGGGUUGUUUGAUGGGCAGACACAUCCCUUUGGUGGCGAGAAACAAGAACAGCGGGACUCGGCGACGCUGGAUAGCUCGACGUUGAUGAUACUCGAGGGGGAUGAUGACUUGGGGAUGUCCCCGCGGCCGUUGGUUACGCCUGUUAGGGGGUUGGUUGUGCCUGCUAAACCCGAUGUAGCGGUCCCGAGUCCUGUGAUGGAGCAUAAACAGCCCUCGGUCAAGCUGUGGGUUCCUUCCCGGGCAGCAGCUGUACCGACACAGCAAGGGUUGUUUACACCCGGCACCGGCAGUCGUUCGGUGACGGACUACCGCAGCACUACAGAAGAACCGGCUGCCAGGCACACCAAGCGGGUACCGCGUGUUGAAAAGAAACCACUCGACCAGUUGGCAUCUACUGUGCUUUGGGGGUCUGGGAAGAAAACUACCGACAAGAGCCACAACUGGAUCCUGGGGCCAGUCGUAGCCCCCAAGCGUGAUACAGCGAGCGAGGCGGUACCCCGUACUCCGGCAAACCACAAACAAUCAUCGGCCAGCUUGUGGAUUCCUUCUCAGACAGCUGUACCGACGCCAAAAACACCAAAACAGCCAGGGUUGUUUGCAUCUGGCAACCGAUCUGUAGCAGACCGCCGCAGUACAGCUAAAGAACUGCCUGCUCGAUCCGGCAAGCGGGUACAGCGUGUGGAGAAGAAGCCACUCGACCAGUUGGCGUCUACUGCACUUUGGGGGGCUGGGAACCAAGCUACCGAGAAGAGCCACAACUGGAUCAUGGGUCCAGCCGUAACUCCCAAGCGUGAUAUGGCGAGCGAGGUGGUACCUUGUCCUACGAUAGAGCACAAACAACCCUCAUCCGGGCUGUGGAUGCCGUCUCGGGCAGUUGCACCGACACCAACACCGACACCUGCUCAGGAAGGGCUGUUUACAUCCGGAAGCCGAUCUGUGGCCAACUACCGUACCACAGGCGAGGAACCAGCCGCUCGGUCCAGCAAACGGAUGCCGCGUGUUGAGCAAAAGCCACUGGACCGGUUGGUAUCUGCUCAACUCUGGGGGGCUAAGGAGAAAGCUACCAAGAAGAGCCACAACUGGAUCAUGGGAUCGCGGCCGACGCAAAAGGCUGGCAAGGUCCAACGACCACGAGCUACCUCUCAAGAUUGGAACGCCGCUCUUGCUGAGGCUGUCGCGCUUUCUACUCCCCCUCAACACGAAUAUCAAGGCCAAAACCAUCAACAACACACUCUGGUGCUAGAUACCUUCAACCCCGCAACAAAACACCCCGUCUUCGCCACCCGCUCACUCACCUCCCACUCUGCCUGUCCCCAUCCCGCAGCAACAGGCUACACCCACGAUCCAGCCGCCGUGCACCCUGUCUUCUUUGGCUCGCGGGUUCUUACUUGUCCUGAAGCUGUGGCACACCCUGCUUUCUUGGGACAGAUCUCCUCCCGGAAGCAGGUCCAAUUCAAUCCUCCCCCCAGCGCAAUCCAAGCCCAAAUCGAAGCCCUCGAGCAGGAGCGGCAGUUCGCCGAGCGCGUGGCAAGGGAAGAGCAGAGGAGGCGGACUGUAGCUGGCGCGGGUGCGGGUGCUUAUGCUGGGGGGUAUUAUGAGUACCCUGGUUACUCGCCCGAUGGGGAACAGCAGAAGCAGCAGCCAGGGUUGGAGAAUACAAGCGGCGACACAGUGGAGGAGCUGCAGCGGAAAUUGAGUGCGAGGAUUCGGCAGUCUUUGGCGUACCCUGGGUCGAGGUGA